AUAAUUCUUUGUACAGUAAAUUACGUCAUAAAUAAAUCAAGUUAACAACAAUCAACAAUGGCGUAAACAGUUAACGGAAAUUGAUAGUCUUAAUUCUUUAAUCUUUUUAAUUCUUAUCUAAAUACCUACAUUUAUUAGAAUUUAGCAACAGAAAUCGUCGGGAGGAGGAUAGGGAUUAUAAGAAUAAAAUGGGCGACGAUAGUAUUUUUCUGCUCUCAGGGCAGGACCGUUCAAGAACUCCAUGUUGGAAAAAAUCCAAAUUCCUGUGUCCUCUUCUCUUCACUUUAGGAGUUGCGUGUCUGGGAUUAAUAAUUGGCCUGGGAUACUUAAAACAUGCCUACCACGAACCCAUAGAUCUACGUAUCAUGGCUCUCAAUUGUUGGGGAGUUCCAGGCUCUUUCGGUGCAUACGACAAAGAAAAGCGAAUGGUCGCUAUUGGUGAGGAAAUAAUAAAGCGUGAGUACGAUGUUUACCUGCUCGAGGAACUUUGGAUGAGAAAUGAUCACGCGACCAUUAAGAAAAUAACUACAGGAAAUGGACUUUACAUGACUGAGAUUUAUGAGCUUGGACCAUAUGGAACCUGUGAAGGAAGAUGGACACCAUUGGGUUGCUCAGGGUUAGCCAUUGUCUCUAAAUAUCCCUUUAUUGAGACAGAAUUCAACGUCUUCUCUGUGCAUGGAGACGGGAAGAAAAUUGACGGCGAAUUCGAAGCUAGAAAGGGAGUUGGAAGAGUAAGAAUAGAACCGAUUCCAAACAUAACUUUGGAUUUAUUUGUUACUCAUACUGCAGCCAGCAACGAUAAUUCGUAUUAUAGAGAAAUCCAGGCUCGAGAAAUAGUUAAUCAUGUAAAGAAUUCAACAGCUGACUUUGCAAUUCUCGGUGGAGACUUCAACAUAGAUCCCAG